UUCAUUAUUCGUCGCUAUAAUCAUAAUGUGUGUGGUUUCGUGCCGAGGUUCUCAAUCGUGUGUCGUUGUUUCGCGCUUUUUGAACUUUAUGAAAUGAUCAUUACACUUCAAUAUUGUAAUUAUUGAGCUUUUACUUACUUUUAUAUUUCGUAUUCUCGGUUCAAAAAACUGUAUAUUUUUGUGAUUGUUUUCGUAUGUGAAGGUGCGUAAAUUUCUGAGUGUUGAUUGUACCUCUGCUCUGCCUGACUUCGGAUUUAAAAUCAUAAUUAUGUACCAUACGUGUUCAUUGACUGUUAUUGAAACGCUGUAUUUUUGAAGCUGACGUUGAAAAAUAUUUUACGUCAUAUGAGAUGGAGAUGAUGUAGAAGUGACAGGCGAACCGCCAUUGACAGUGGCGCGAGCUAUCUUAUACGAGAAUAAUGCUAGAAGCGGAUACCGUCGUCGUCGUUAAUGAUGACGAUGGAAAAAACAUUGUUGGAAGAGGUGUUGGCGAUAUCGUCGUCAAUGGUAUGUGUAACAAUAGCGAAGCUGUACAAGACAGCCGCGGCGGCGGUCGUAUUGCCGUUGAAGCUAACGGAAGAGCGCUCAAAGUCCAUGCCGGCGAAACUCCUCAUUUGGUCAGUUUAGGAAGCGAUAGGUUCAGUACGGCCGUUACAUUACACCCUAUACCGAAAGGACGUGUAACCGUCGGCAGUAGCCCCAGCUCUGAUAUUUUCAUCUACGGUACCGGUGUCGAAGAGGUACACUGCUGGAUUGAAAAUACCGAAGGAAUCGUAACCGUACAUCCGAGCAGCGAAAAUGUCCCGAUACAGGUAGACGGAUUGAAGGUCACUCAACCGACCAGACUUACUCAAGGUUGUAUGCUAUGUCUGGGAAGAUCGAAUUUUUUUCGAUUCAAUCAUCCGCAAGAAGCGAGGUAUAUGAAAAGCGUUUUACCUAAUACCAGAGUUUCCAUAAUGCCGAAUGCCUUCCAUCCGAUUACAAAUUCGGACGACGCGUCCGUAUCAGAGAGUAAAAUCUCAACAGAUUCCAGGCGUAGUUACGAUUCGCCAGAUUCGUGGUAUGAAAUCAGCUCCGGAACUAGCAGCGAAGACUUGCUGAAUACGACGAGUUCUCGUAACGAUACCGUAUUACCGAUCGCCAAACACAUUUCACCAAAGGUCUUCUUACCAGGCAGCUCUACUUUAAAUUCGCCCGCAUCUGUGGUGUUAGGACGUCACAAGUAUUCUGGCAAUGUACCCAAUACCAAGAGUCGUUUUUAUAAUUCAGUCACAGUGUACGAAGACCGUAUUGAGAACUUUCGAAGUCUCGGAUCGGCCGACAGUACGCAUAGUUUAGCUAAUGGAGGAGGCGUAGGCUGCGUUAAUGAUCGAAAUAAUAACAUCAGUAGCAAGGAAUCCAACGGCAACGAGGAUACCAACAGCGUUAAGUUUAGCAGCUGCGAAUCGCUGUCUCCGAAACAGAAAAUAGUUCCUCCGAGUCCGGCCUUUAAUCGGAAUCCGUCGUAUUUCAAUUCCAAAUGCUCCAGUCCGACCAACGACUAUAAUUCUUUUUCGGCCAGUCCGCUUUUGUUUACUUCUAGUCCGAGAUUUUCGAAUGGUAGCACGACGGCGAAAAUCGACAGAAAUGGUUCGUUAUCUAGUCCUACGAGUAGUUACGAUUCGGUUGGCAGCUUCUGCGAGAACGCUUUCCGAAAAGGUGAUUCGGAAAUGAAACGUAAACAGGCUCAUCAGAAUCGCAUACUGGAACAAGAAAGAGAACGAGUGGAACGUCUUAGAUUAGAAGAGAUUCUAACUGCUUGCGCCGAUUACGAAAAACAAGCUCAAAAUGAUCGGUUCAAUAAACCCCAAGUUAGAAUAAAAACGAAUGGUUCCUUACCACGCGAUAAACAGUGUCUAUCACCUAUAGCGAAAACACCUGAGUCACCGCGAAACGGCAUAGUUUUCAAUUUCGAUAAGAACGAUUCAACAGUAUCGAAUUCGGAUCAUCAUUCGGAGAAGUCAAGCUACCCGAACAGUCCUAGGACACGAAUCAAAACCGUCGCCAGUCCAAAGAUCACCAGGAAAGAUUACUCGUUGGAAUUAUUAGAAAACAAAUUAGCCCUGUUGAACGAAUACGAACUAUCGAACUCAUCCCCUGCGACCAUUCGAAGAGCCAAUACCACCGGUCACGUGAUGAGAAACCACGUGACGGAAUUCAACGCCAAAAAUUCGCCUAAAUUUUACCACCAAGAUAGAUCGAUGAACGGGAACGGAUACGCCACCAGCCCGGAUCGAUUCAACGACACCAAUUCCUCGUACAAUUCUUCGUACUCAUCUAUAGCCAAAAAUAACACAUUGAAAAAGUACAAAUUCUUGGGCAUUGAUCCCGAUGCAAUCAAUAAUGCAUCGGCCAAUCAAGACUCAUUACCGAAAACAGACAUUAUGUCGAGAAGUUACCACGAAUCGUUCACCAGUGCUACGAAAACCACCAAUGAAGAUAAAGAAACCAAUAUCAUGUCGACGUCGUUGAUCAACUUCGAUGUCGCCAACAAUCACCAUAAUCAAAACGAACUCGCUAAUUUUUCCAGCAACGAUUACGCUAAAUCAAAAAGCGCCACUCUGUUGUCUCAUCAUAAUAAAAGCUCCGAUGAUAAAGUCGACAAAGACGACGGUAUCGAGAAACUAAACGGACUUGUGUUGGAAUUGAAUGAAAUCGUCCGAGAGAACGAGAAAACUAAAGAACGAGCGGCGUCGAAUGCGUCCAAAGCUAAAUUCAUAUUACCUUUGGAUGAAACACUGCUCUCCAGUAAAGAAUCAAAAUUCAUUUUACCUUUGGAAGAAAUCGAUAUCGCGCUAAAAAGACAACGAUUCAGUAUGAAAAAAUGCGAAUUGAAAAGACUACAGAGUGAACAGUCUCGACUGAUGGAUGCUAUUAAUAACGUCAAAACCAAGCUAUUGGAUAUUCAACAGCAGAAAGAUGAGAUUAUUAGAGAGCUUGAAAUGGAAAAAGCAUUAUUGGAAGGCGAAUUAAAGUCUGAAAACGAGAAACUGGUUUCCGAAGAAGAGCACUUCUCCAACGUUCAAGAAAAAGUCAACCAUUGUGAAAAACAAAUCGAAGCUUGUUCGAAACAACAGACCGAACGACAAGAUCAAAAUAAAUCUGUCGUCGACGAACAACAAAAUAUUCUCAACGUAUUACAAUCAAAUCUAUCUUGCAUAAGUAACGAAAAUGAUAAAUCAUCUAUCAUUGAAUCAAUUGGCAAAAGCAAAGAAAUUUUGGAAGAAGAAACUAAAAGUUUUGAAGAUUUCGAAUUCCGUCUUUUGGAAGAAGAAGCAGCGUUGUUAUCGAAACGAGAUGAAUUGCAAUCAGAACUGAAUAAAACAAAUAACGCUAUGGAACACACUAGAUCAAAAAUCUCAGGAUUAUAUUCGCAAAAAGAACAAUUACUUCAGAAUGCGUCCGACGAAAUAAGAUCGUUAGAAUUGCAAGUUCGAUGUCAUACUCGUACCUUACAACAAAAUCACAGUAGACUGCAAGAUAUCAGCGUUCAGUUGAAAGAAACCUCUAAAUCACUGAAUGAAAUAUCAGAAGAAGCUAUAGACUCGUGUGACGAAACCGUAUAUUCGUACAAAACGCAAUCUCAAGAAGAUUUGGAUAGAAUUUCACGCGUCACGUCUGAUGCUCCGUUGAUGGAAAGCGGCAGCUCGAAUUCUCUGGGACGUAGGACGAUAGCUUCGUUGCAACAAAUUGAACGUAAUCGACAACUUCAUCUAGCUCAACAAGGAGGUCAUGUUAUAGAAGAAGAACGGAAACGAAUGUUAGCGUUGAAACGUCGCGUACAAGAUGAAGUUAAAGCCCAGUGGGAAGAGGAUAAGAAACAAAGGGAGAAUAAUUGCAGCUCAAUUACCAGCAUUGGUAGCGAUAAUUCGAGCGUCAUGUCUUCGGAUCGCGUCACCGAAAGCCCAAAUAAUGAAGAAAAAUCGCCCGUUAAAACUACCAUCGACGAAGAACAAAUCGAAGCAAAUGGAAGUGCUGUUCAAUCAAACAUGCAAAUCGCCCCAUCAGGUCAAAAAGAUAACGACGAAGCAGAACGAAGUUCAAAACACAAGCGACCCUCGAAUGCAUCCGCAACAUUGGAAAAUGGAAGCGUAGUUAAAUUGAGACUGAGUCGAGGUGAUAUUAAUCAGAGACCAGAAUCGAGAUAUUCGGCGUAUAAAAGAGGCUCGUUGGAUUUACGUCAACAUAUCGAAAGUGCAGGCCACCAGUUGGAUCAUUGUCCUCAGGUAUUCGUGGAUAAAACCUCGUGUAGAGGGUAUCUGCAAAAGAUGACGACCAAAUUCAGAACGUGGAAUAAACGCUGGUUCGUGUUCGAUCGCAAGAAGUGUUCCUUUACGUAUUAUAGCGAUAAGAGCGAGAAGAAGCUGAAAGGAGGCGCCUAUUUCCAAGGUUUACUAGAUUUAUGCAUCGACAACACGAAUUCCAUUAGAUCUCCGAAUCCUCAGGCGACCUUUAUCGUUAAAAGCACCGAACGAGUGUAUUAUCUUCUAGCUCCCUCGAUCGAAGCGAUGAGGAUAUGGUUCGAUGUGCUGGCCACCGAAGUUGAAACUUUUCAAGAUGCUUGAAAAAUUACGAAUGCAUCGUGGAGUGUUGUAUUUUUCUUCUUUGUUUUUUUAAUCAAAGUAUUUCUAUAUUGUGUAGAUUUAUAUUGACGAAUUUUAAUAAGUCAUAUGGUUUUAAACCGCACUUCCAUUUUUAACCUUUAUAAUUUUUUUUUUCGUUUUCGUUUUUCGUUUAAUAGGGUGAGUCACUCUAAACAUUUUUUUCAACACAUUUGUAAGCUUACCUAUCGUUACGACUGUCAUUUUGAGAGUGACAGUGAGAGGCCAUUUUGAAUACGCGAUUUUAGAUAUUUUUUGCAAAUGACCUAAAUUUCGUUGAUUUUUUUUUUUUAAAUAAAAUUUUGACGUUGUAUGUUCAAUAUUUAGUCGUGGAAAAAACUGCUCGUCGUCGUGUUUCAAAAAUGAUUCAAAUGCGAGGCAGCAGUUUUCUUCUUUUUUUUUCAACUAGUUGCGUUUUAAAUUACUCAUUUUUAGAGUAUACGAUCGUUUAAUAAAACCCGGUGUUUUUUUUCCUUUUUUAAAAUAAUUUUUCAAAAUACGAAUUGCAUUUUAUUAAUUUGUAAAGUUACCAACGAACGUAGUAUUUUUUUGGAGAAUACGUUUUAAAACUCGACAGUGUCUUAAUUUCGAGCUUCAAUGAUCGUUGUUGUCAAUUAUUUAAGAAACUUUUUUUUACACUUUCUAAUAUUUUUUAAAAAAUUUAUAUUGGAUUUUGAACGAUUAUUCGACGUGGUUGUGUAUUCGAUUUUAAUUUUUUGUUUUAAAAAAUUUACCAUCAUACCAAUUUUUUUUUUGGUAAUUUUUUUAUUCGAAAAUCAUCUUUGGAUUUUUUAGGAGUUUUAAUUUUAAUUUAUUUUACUAGAGUUUUAAAUUUUCAUCAUCACGAUGGAAUACGACUGCUGAUGGAUUACGUGUAAUAAUAUAAUUUUACCUGUAAUCAUCUUAUGUGUUUACCAUACCUAAUUUGUUCGGAUGCAUUCAAGGUGAAUAAUCGUCGCGUGUAGGUUAACGUCAGUAUUAAUUUUAUCGUUUAUUAAAUACUAAACUCAGUUAUUAAAAUUUCGUUUCGAAUUUAGGUAACAUAGAUAAUGGUAGAGUAUGUGUAAAGUGCAUAUUUAUUUAGGUAAGGAAGCAUUGUUAUUUGUAUUUUAUAUUUUUUUUCUGUUCUUUCGUAGUUUGCAUUUUAAUUAGGUUUUUUUUUCUUUUUUCUUUUUUUUCAUCGAUGUUAUAUCUGUAAUUAAACUGUUUUAAUAAAUAUUUUAAAUAGGGA